AAUUACAGGUUGGAAAAGUUCGUUUAUAGUUUCGUUUUUUUUUUUGCUUCAAAUUGAUAGUUUGGUCAGUUGGCUAUUUGGGAAACCAUUGGUGGUGAGAAAAUUAGGACAAAGGGAUGAUUCGUAGUGGAGCACCGGCGCCAGCGCAACGUGGUGGUACUUCAUCUCUGCCAUCGAAUGUUCGGGAUAGUAUUAUGCAUCGUUUAAUGCUUUCUACUCAAGCUGGAAGUGUACCAAACGGAUCAGGACGAGCGGAGCAACGGUCACGAGAAGAAAUGCAACAGUAUAUAGGACGGAAUUUUCCAUCUCAUUCUUUUCAAGCACCACAAGUUAACAGUGAUGUAAUGGAUUUAUGGUCGAGUGCUUCGGGAGCCGACAACUUUCCUCCUCCUAUAAGUGGAAAUACAUAUGGUUAUGGACCAGGACCGGGAACACCAACAAUGUAUUUGCCAAAUUUGCUCAGUUUACCUCCGCUACCACCAGUAUAUUUGCGUUGUCCCGAAUGUGGGAUCUGCAAAAUGAGCAGUGAAGAAAUGGAGGUCCAUAUAAAAGUCGAGCAUUUGCACUGGAGUCCUUUUCAAUGCACUGAAUGUUAUGCGGAAAGAUCGACCGAUUUUCAGUUGCGCGAACAUGUUCAUUCAACACAUCGAAAAAAUUAUGAUCAUAAAUUUAUUUACGCGUAUCACGACAAUCCCACUGCGAAGCGGUUGCUGCAAUUAAUGAUGGAUCGUUGUUUGAUGAAUGCACGCCGUGCGCAGCCACCUUCAUUGGUUAGCAAUUCUCAACCAUCACCGACUGCAACGACAGGGACGACAUUACCAUCAGCACAUUUCCAUGCUGCCACAUUCCCGGUGAAUAAUAUGAGAGAAAGGCUUAUAACUCAAACAAAUGAUAUGGAUAGACGUUCUACGGCAAGUUUAUCUCCUUCACGUGAAGCAGGUGUUGAAAGUCCUAUGCGUAAUGUCAAUACAUUGACAAAUGGCCGAGAUCACAUAUCAAUGAAUCAGCAGCUACAAAGGUCUGGGCUUACGCCAACGGGAGCUGUAGGAGCGACAGCUACUGCCAUUUCAAGAAAACGACCUGCAAGUGAUAAUACGAUGUCUUGGAACACAAAUACCGAUGCAGUAUUAUCGGCGAUACGUGUUGCUACCCAUGAAAAUGCCGAUGAACAAGAAGGAUGUAUAGAGGGAGUUAGUGCUGAAGACGGUGGAAUUGGAGUUGGAGGAGAAUUGGACGAUGAGUUCGCAAGCGGUAUACGUGAUGUCAAAAAUGCAUUCGACGUUACUAUGGAAGAAUCAACAGCUGAGCAAUCCGAUGAGGCAUUGCUAACAGCGGCAGCAGCUGAUGGCGGCCAGGAUGCGACGGAUAUUUUGGGGAAUGUCGCCGAAAUAUUUAGUGCCGGUGAUAUAGCCAUUCCAUGGAAACGACGGAAUCGUGGUGGUAGUAGUAGUGUUCAUGAUAAUAAUAAUAUCACAGAUUGUAGCACGAGAAAUGAGCGCCCUAAAGCUACCAAGAGCAGCUUGGCAAAAAGACGUAUGAUGGGAAUAUGCAAGUGUAAACAGCUUAUUACCGCUGGUGCACGACAAAUGCAUAUUUUUUAUCACAUGGCAAAGGAUCGUCAGCUUUUCCGUUUUCGUUGCAAAUACCCCGCUUGUCAAGUCCAGCACUACAGGAAAGACCAGAUGGAAAAUCAUCAGUCGAAGGUGCACGGUGCAAUAAAUCCAAUGUUAAUCGAAGACCGAACAGCUGAAUUGUUCAAAAUUUCCCAGGAAGUAUCGCUAGAUCUUUUGGGAACAACAGGUAAUAAGCCUGGUCCUACAGCUGCACGCGCACAAAUGAUAUACGAUCAGAUGAUGGCAGCACAAGCUCGAAAUCCGAGGAAUUCAAGGAGAAAGAAAAGAGCUGCAGAACGAGCUUUAGCCGUUGCAGCAGCACGUGCUGUUGCUACAGCUCGAGUUGCAGUAGCAACUGCAGCGCUGAAUGCCCAAAGAAUGGCUGCAAUACAGGAAGCAAAUCGAUGCAGUACUGCAGAACAAUCGCAACAGCAACAACAUUUCCAACCUGUUCCAUCAACAUCACAAGAGAUAUCGGCCAUAGAGCAAGCCGAUGAUCAACAAUUGCAUUGUCAAAAAUGUCAUAAAUUACUACAUAAUAAGAUACGUGGUUUCCAUGUUCUGUGGCAUAUGGCCAAAGAUCUUGGUAUCAAUCGUUACAUAUGUAAAUUUUGUGAUUUUGGUCAUGAUCGAAAGCAAGCUGUGGUAAGCCAUGGAAGGAGGGAGCACGGUACAGAAGAUUGUUGUGAGGAUCAUGUUGAGGAAUAUUCAGAUGAGGUAAAAGCAAUGACUGAACAGUGUUUCGGUUUACAACCAACAUCGUCGCAAGAUACCCGUGUACAGUGCAAGCCAUCGGGUAGUGUUAUUGUAGAGAUGUUUCAAAGGAUGAAUAAUUUUAACGAGUUAAUUGUCCCGGAAGAAGUCAAGAGACUUUACUAUCCGUUGACAGAACAACUUGUGUGUGACAAGCAAUCCGAUCAAGCAGUUAACGAUGAAGGAAUGGUUGCGGAAUCUAUGGUAAAUACUAAUACUACUGCUGCAAAUACGGUUUCAGAAGAGAUUUCCAAUUCAGCACCUUAUGGCAUAGACGAAUAUGGCACAAAGCCUUCGUCAGUACCGCAUUGUAUUGAAUCAUCACAGCUGCUACUACAUCAGUCCGAGUCAUCACCGAUUAUGUCACGAUCAUUUGCAUCGACGUCAUCCUCGUCAUCAUAUCGUGAUCGUAUGAGAAAAGCUAGAAAUCGUCGUUUCGGAAUGCGUAAACCACCAUCCAAGUUGAAGCGCAAAGAAAUGGCAAAGUUGCGUGAAAUUAGUAUGCGACUCGGUGGUGCGCAGUAUUUCAAAAAACGCUUCAACGAAGCAGCACAUUGCCAGAAAUGCGGUUUGCUAACAACAUCAAGAUUAAGUGAUCAUGCAUACAAACAUCUGGAUGUGCAGCUGUUUCUCUGUCCGCAGUGUGAUAUCGGAAAUCAGUCACGUGAUUUGGUAGUCAAACAUAUUCGGGAUAUGCAUAGUAGUCAGGAACAUCCAAUCGAUGAACGUUGGAAAUAUCGCGUUGAAAUUAAGGAAAUCAUCCGUGAAUGCUAUCCAGCGUACUUUAUCGAUGCACCAAUACCUACUGCUGCUGAUAUCGAAAAAUUGUAUGAGUUGCUUUUGUUUCAUGAAAUUUUGAUACUUCAAGAAAGUGUUAAUGCACAAGAAUUGUGCGCUGAAAUGACAAAGAGAAAGCAGAGUUUGUCGUCGGGGCGGUUUUUUGAUGUCCUUGGAUCCACAGAUGAUGAUCAGCCAGAAAGUGUUGAUGCAACUCUUGAAAGAGAUUUUGGUGGAGAAGCCGGUGAUGGAGAUUCGGAUGAUGAUCGACAAAGAGAAGGUUUGGAACCGGAACAGGACGCACAGUCCUAUACAGAAGGAGGUGAUUAUGGUGUAGACGAUGCCAUAUUAUGUGAGGCAGAUCAUGCACAAGAACGUUUCAUAAUGGGAAAUGACGGUGAUCAGUCGGUGGAUAGUGAUACAAGUGGUGAUGACGCUAUGAUUGAAGAAAAUGGACAUGAUGAGGCAGAAAGAUUUGCUGGUGCAUCGUCGGGGCAGUCAUCAAUCACUGGGCUACCAUUGCUGGAAAACGAAGAUGUUUUAGGAAGUGGUGGUAUUUUGGUGAAAAAUGAGCCAGAUAAUCAUUCUGAUCUCACUGGAGAAGCUGAAAUUACGCAUAUUGUGGAAGAAGAUGACGAGGGAGAAGAGGAAAUGUGA